UACAAGUGUUAAAUUUAAAAUCUGGAGAUUGGAUUGAUUUAAGAUUUUCUGUUGAUUUUAAUGAAAUAUAAAUAAUUUUGUCGAUAAUACAAUAAAAAUGGCUCAGCCUCAAUAUUCUCUGUCUUGGGCAGACCAUCCAAAGAACAUUAGUAAUGGUUUAAGCGACCUACAGCAGAAUGGAGAGUUUGUAGAUAUGACCUUGGCAGCAGAUGGACACCUUGUAAAGGUGCACCAAGUGAUAAUGGCGCUCAGUAGCCCCUACUUAAAAGAUCUCAUUGCCUCAGCCCACUGUCCACACCCUGUUAUAGUAUUAAAUAAAAUAUCUCACACAACCUUGUCAUCAAUAUUAGAGUAUGUCUACACUGGAGAGGUUCUAGUGGCGAUUGAAGAUAUAAAGGAACUGAUUGAAGCUGCCAAAGAUUUACAUAUCAAGGGGUUACAAGAAAUGAAUCUAUCUGUAACAAAAACAGUGACCCAAUCGAAGGAGACUGAAAUGCUCUCCACCGACACGAGUGGCGUGAACAUCGACGAAGACGACAUUUCCUACUAUGAAAUACACAAACAGAAUGACGAAAUCAUUAGACAUGGCCUAGACAUAGUAUCAAUGACUGAACCAACGAGCGUCAGUCUUCUGUGUCGGGCAAGUGACAGCGACAGUCUGUACGAGUUGCGUAUGUCGGACGACAAAAAUGUCGUGAACCCAGCAGUGCUAACGGCGGUUACUGAAACAAAAAUCGUACCUGAAACGAAACCAGAGAUCCCCAUCCCAGAGAAAACGAAUCCUAAAACUCUGCAAUACACAGUGUCCACCCACGGUUCCUUGCAACUAAUCCUGAACAGGUUUCUGUACUAUUUGAAGAACACGAAAAUCGACCGAACCCGACAGUGGCGUUGCGUCGACUACCUCACCAAGACCAAGUGCCCCGCCUUUGUUAUAACCAGAGACAAUAUGGUUCUACAAAGGAUACAAGCCCACAAGCACCCGUUCCACGACAAGAAGAUAUUAAAGAAGAUGAUGUCUAAGAACGUGUACACAGCGAUAGUCGACGCGGAGCGAUCGGAAUUCAGUAUCAAGAACAGACAGAAGGAAUGCACGAAUUAAAGCGAUUUAUAAAAGUAUUUAUUUAAUAUAUAAAAAAUAUUUAUUUAGGAGAUGCAUUAA